AUGGCGCGUCCAAAAACAAUCCGCGCCCCUACCACAGCCAGUCUCCCAAGCAAUUUCCGCAUUCCCUCCUCGACUCCAUCUCUCGUCAAGGCGUUUGGAAAGCUAUCCCGGCCAGCUCUACUCGAUCUCGCCAUCCAAUGGCUCGACGAUCGUAAUGUGCAGUCAUUCCCUCCAUAUCUCGAACAAGACGAUGUCGAAAGCGUGGACGACGACGACGAUGAAACCGCUGCGUAUCCCGCCGAGCAGACCGUCGACGAUGUGCGGAACGCCUACCAAGACCUGCAGGACAGAAAAGGCGGAAAGCGGGAGGUGAUUGAUCGCAUUCUAGAAGGUGACUGGAGACACGGGAUCACUCUGCGCCAGCUGGCUAUGGUCGACAUUCGCUACAUGGACGAUCAUCCAUCGAGUCUGCGAUGGACUGCAUUGGAGCUCACGCGCAUUGGCGCAGACGGAGUACCACCACCAUCAUCUACCGCAGAUCUCUCUGGGUGUCUCCCACGCAUUCACGCCUCGACUUUCCUCAAGAAACUCCAGCAACAAAUAUCCCCACUCGUCAAAGCGCAUUAUCAUCUCGUCCGCUCGGCCUCGCUGCCCCUCACCUUUCUUCGCAUCUUCGUCACCAAUUCCCCCUAUCAACAUCCUCACCAGCUACCAGAAACACUUACAGAUUCAGCAAGGGUCAUCUACGUCGCUUUCCCCGACAGCUGUCCAUUUAUCUACACGUCAAUCGCCUCGUCUGGACCCAAAGCCAGCGCUGCGACAACUCACCUCGUAGGCACGGAUGCCCGAAGUCUCCAGCGCCUGGUCCGCGAUGCUCUUCCAAAAGCCCUCUCCCACCCCCAGGAACGUUACACCCUGAAAGCAACCUCUUUGACAGCAAAGAGCCUGCAAGCUCUCCUCUCACUCCGUGGUCCAGGCCGAACCAACGCAGCAAACGGAGCAUUCAGCAUCUUCGCCGAUGCAGUGGUAGAAGGAAGUCCACUGGAUCCCCGUCCAUCAAACACUGUCACCCCAGAAGAAUACCUGGAUCGACCAACCCACACUCCGGAACAGGAUGAAAAAGACACCAACAACAGCCGACGCAAACAACCAAACACAGACCUCGACUCGGACCCCCACGCAUCCAAAAAGCGCAAACUAGCCAUCCACUCCCGCUUCGGUACUUCAGGAUCCGAUCUAUCAUCUGCCCCUCUCGACCGUCUUGACGUCCGACUCCUCGACUCCCCAAAUGCAUCCGAGGAUACUAAUCCCGAGCAGGCCCAGCCUACAAUCUCACUUACGUUUGCCGGUAGUGACGUCAUCAGCGGUAUUCGCAAAUUAACGGAACUUGGCGUCGUCGACCCCGAACGUAUGCCAUCCUGGAUGACGGGUGAAGAGGCCGUCAGUGUGGCUACCGUCCAUCAAGGGAAGCGAAUCCUCAAGGAUAGCGGCUGA